AAAAGCCAGAGUGAGAGGAAAGUAUUUUUCUCAUGCCGUCUCGUUGGAUUUGUGUGUCAGUCAUUGUGUCCUAGAGUUUGUUUGACUCUACGCUGAGUUUCGCCAGCAAUUUUCCAUUUUUCGCGGGAAAAUCCGGAAGAUCCCACCAAAAAGAGCAUUCAAAUUGCUUUAAGGGCAUUUCCAGGUGCCACAGUGAAGCACAAAAUGAGCAAAAAGGCAUCCCCGAAUCUGUGGGAUAAGAAGAAAACAAUGCAGCUGAUUAGUAAAUACAACGAGACGCCAAUCCUGUGGGAUACAAAUUCCAAGGAUUACCGGAAUCGUGAGCUGCGUGCGAAGUCAUUUGAAGAGCUGGCAAGGAGUAUGAAGCUCUCGAAGCAGGAAGUGCAGAGGAAAUUGCACAAUUUGCGCACACAGUACAAUACGGAAUUGCGAAAGAUUCAAAAGUCCGGAAAACCUGGGGAGGUAAAAUGGGAGUACUACGAUGCCAUCAAGUUCAUCAAUCCAGGUAGCACUCGCCCCUGCUUUGAAGAUAUAAAGCCCAACCACAAUUUGGAUGUAAAUUCCUCAUUUUCAAAUCUCGAGUACCGCGACAUCCCAUCAGUUGCAUCCACAACAGGAGUAUUAGGUAGGGAAGAAGAUGACACAACAAGAGAUCACAUUCUCUUGCUCGAAGGAUAUGACGACCAACCCUCUAGUAGAACAUUUAGGACUCAAGGAAUAUCAUCCCGAGAUGAUCACGAGGAUCAUCAUCAUACUUCUAAACAUCGAGGAAGUUUGGUUGACGCACCUCGAGAUGAUUUGCAAAUUUUUGGUGAUUUCGUUGCAUCUGAACUUCGAAGCCUAAACUCGGAUGAGAAGCGAAAGAAACUUCGUCUGGCAAUUCAGAGAGCAAUUUUGGAUGUCAAUGAACAACCAUAAAUAUUAAUCGCAUAUAUUUUAUAUCAUAAUAACAUGUGGUACAUGAAAUCCACAAUUGAAUACAAUAUUAAUUCAUUA